AAUGCUUGAAGCAGAAUGUCGGUAGAUAGCGAGUCAGAAUCUCCUUGGAUUUCUGGGAGUGAAAGCUUGGGCAAUGGCGGCCCUGCCUCCAGCAGCAGCACGCGGGUUGCAAAGCAGGCAAUUCCUGCAGACGUCUCAGCGAAAGAGGCUCCCGGGAAGCUGUGCAGUGCCCAGAUGGAGGUCACAGCUCCUUUCAUCGCAACCCCGCGGACAACCAGUCCAACUGUGACGUGGCGUAGUGCUGCCUUGGCUCCUUCGUCUCAAGCGAAGGCUGCUGCGGCAACCGCAGCAACUGCGGCAACUCCUGGAAGUGAGCCGUGCAGGUAUCGGGAAGUGGGAGCUCCUGUCAUGUUGACUCCUCGAAGUAUCAGUCCAACAGUGGCUUGGCAAAGCGCGGCAGCCCCACCACAGGUGAAGGCAGAGUCCCCUAGGACCUUGCAACCGACAAAGGUGACUGUGUACCCGCCAGUGCGCCUUGAGUCUGCACCAACUAGUUCAGGGCAUGAGCGUGUGCCGUUAGUCACCAUGAUGAACGGGUACUCAACACCAGGGAACUUCAUGCCAACACCGUCCAAUGUGCUUUGGACUCCACCAGUGCCAUUCCGCCAGGCAACACCGCAGCCUGUGAAUGGAUCCAAUGUGGCAGGUUCAGUGCCGUCAACCCCUGUGGCUCCAUGGACAUGCUAUUCUUGUGCAACAAGGUCAGUCCCCGUAGCAGCUCCUGUAGCACUUCCGG